GUUGUCAUGCGCAGACGUGUUGCCUGGUUUUGACCUACACAGUCGCAGAAGAAAAUGGCAGCAUUAGGACUGGGGCUGCAGGUUCGUCAGUUCAGCACGUCGGUUCUCCGACAAGCUUUGAUCAGGCCCCCCAUCGACGUGUAUGGAGUUGGAGGCCGCUAUGCUACAGCCCUGUUCUCUGCUGCCAGCAAGCAGAAGAAGCUGGAACAAGUAGAGAAGGAGAUGGUCACAUUGUCUGCUCUGGUCAAGGACCCGAAGCUGUCUAGUAUUGUGAUGAACCCCCACGUCAAACGCAGCCUCAAGCUGAAGUUCUUUGGUGAUGCCAUGACCAAGGCGAAUCUCUCUCCCAUCACGGUUAACCUCAUCACUGUGUUGGCAGAUAAUGGCCGCUUGACCCUGACUACUGAUGUCAUUAGCGCCUUUGCCAAAAUGAUGAGUGCUCACCGAGGAGAGGUCAUCUGCACGGUCACCACCGCACAACCCCUGGAUGAGGUCAGCCUGGCAGAUCUGAAGGUGGCUCUGAAAGGCUUCCUGGCCAAGGGAGAGACUCUCAUUCUGGAGACCAAGUCUGACGCCUCCAUCCUGGGCGGCAUGAUUGUCAGUAUCGGAGACAAGUAUGUGGACAUGUCCACCAAGACGAAGAUUCAGAAGCUGACCAAGAUCAUCCGAGAUAGUUAAGUCUAAGUCCUGUCCAGAGAGCCUUGUGUGUUUCUCUGCCUUCUGCCGCCUAUGCAGCGCUGUGUCCGCUGAAAACCUGUCUAGUUGUCUUCAUAAUAAAAUAUUCCCUAACAUAGA